AUGGAAACAAAUCAAUGCUUAUUUAGUCAUCUAUUACCUGUUCCUAAGACGCAAAAAGUACAAGAUAUGAAACCCAAGAAACCAAAAUCGAAAAAGACAACGGCGCGAAUAUCUCGUGCUCAAAAAACGAAACGUGCUAGUAGUCAUCAUCCUCUCUCUGAAAAUCAUUCAGCUCUCCAUCCAGUAGCAUUGUUAAAUUCUUUCAAAAGCAUUCAACCGAAAUAUCAGGUAGAUGGACGGCAAAAGGAAAUGUCCUCUAUACUUCCAUUGUUAUUAGCAUUGUUAGCCAUAUUAUUAUCGUUAUCGUUAAUAUUUUUACUAAAAACUCCACUAUUUAUGGAAAAAGACUUCUUUCCCACUAUAUCAUAUCCGAUGACAAAAGAUGUUGAACCGGCUAAGCCUAUUAAAAUACCUUCCUUAUUUGGAAAAUUAUUCUCAACACAGCAACGAAUAAGUUUCGCUCUGCCUUCUCUAUUUGUGCAUAGGAAAUGGAAGUACAAAGAGUUUCUCCAUUUCGUACGUUCAUGA